AAAAGCAUUGGCUACUUCAGAAGAAUAUAAUUUGGAAGCUUUAGUGCAAGGUCUUAUUGAACAAAAGCUAUAUGUGCCUAGCAGUAUACAAACAUCAACUAACUGAAUAACUAUGGACACGGAACUUAGUUUACCUUCUUCUAAACAAGAGCUCGAAGAAUUGAUAGAAAAAGCAAAAGAUUGGGCACUUAUGCAUGGAAUGUGUAUGAGAUCAAAACAAAAUUUUAAUGAAAACAUCCUACAAUUUGCACCAUUUAUUCUGAUGCCAUCUCCAUUUCCUAGAAAAGAGUUCGAAAACGCUUGUUCGAUUCAAAUAAUAUUAAAUAUACUUAUGCAUAGAGUUGCCCAGGACUAUAAUUUCUUAAAAGCAACUUUAGAAGAAACGAUUAAAGUUGACAAUUUUACCAAAAAGUUAUUUGAAAUCUGUAAAAUUAUAAACAAAGAAGGAGGAUCAGCACAAAAAAUAUCUCUUGGUAUAUUGCGUUCAGACUUAAUGUUGGAUACAUCUUGUCCACAAGAAGAUACAAUUAAGAAAUGUAUACCAUAUUGUUGUUGGAAACAAGUUGAAAUAAAUACAAUUGCAUCUGGCUUUGGUUGGUUAGGACCUGCUUCAACUGAAUUACACAAAUUUGUAUUAAGAGAGCUUGGAUAUUAUAAAGAAAUAAAAAAUCUUCCAGAAAAUAAUGCACUGGAAAUAAUAUGUUCAAGUAUGAUUAAAGCAUGGAAGAUAUAUGGAAAUGAACAAGCAGUAAUUUUAUUUGUUGUUGAAGAUGUUACAUAUAAUAUAUGUGAUCAACGCUUUCACGAAUUUGAAAUUAAGAAACAGAAUCCAAAUGUUAGAGUCAUUCGUAGAAAUUUAACACAAUUGGCAGCUACUGCCAAAUUGGGUUCUAAUAAGGAAUUGAUAGUAGACAGUUAUAUUGUAUCUGUAGUGUACUACCGAUGUGGGUAUGAACCUGGACAAUAUCAUACACAGAAAGAAUGGGAUGUAAGAUUAUUAAUAGAAAGAUCAUUGGCAAUUAAGUGUCCUACCAUACAGUAUCAUUUAGCAGGAACUAAAAAAGUUCAACAAGCACUUGCAAAGCCAGAUGUAAUUAGUAGAUUUUUAAAAAAUGAAAAAACAUGUGCAGAGAUCAAAGAAAUAUUCACUGAACUUUAUGCAUUAGAUUUUGAUGAACGUGGGGAUGCUGCUAUAGAAAUGGGAAUUACAAAUCCACAUUGUUUUGUACUUAAACCUCAACGAGAAGGAGGUUGCAAUAACAAAUAUGGAUUAGAUAUAAAACAUUUUUUAGAGUCUAUAAAGAAUAAGCAAGACAGAGUAGCUUGGAUUCUUAUGGACAAAAUUCAUCCUCCAAUUCACAAGAGUCAUAUGAUCAGACCUGAAAAUAAUAUGAGUACAGAAUCCCAAGAAUUAGUUUCUGAAUUAGGAAUAUUUGGUGUUAUAAUAGCAGAUGAAAAUAAUGUAUAUCUUAAUAAGCAAAGUGGUCAUAUGUUACGGACAAAGUUAGCUACUGCUAAUGAAGGUGGUGUUGCAUCAGGAUUGGGUGCAUGUGACAGUCCAUUUCUAAUAGAUUGAAGACACAUACAUAAAUUGACAGACACAUACUUUUAAUAAGAUAUGAAAUAAUAUUAUACACGAGAUGAAAUUUUAAUUUGUUAUAGGGAUAUAUUAAAACAGUGUACUGAGUAUUACUUCUCAAAGUCAAAUUUGAUAAGUUAUGCAGCAUAUACAUAAUAUUUUUUAAUAUACAUUAUCAUAAAUAAUUAUC